UUUUAAAACCAGAUGGAAGAACCACGAAUAAUUUUCUUAAAAAAAAACAAAAAAAAAAAACAUCUGUUAUAUAACGGUGUUUAUUUUUCGUUGAGCGUCCAAUGUAAGAGGAAAAUGUUAGCGAUAAAAGGUGUUUGUGCCGUUUGCUUGAAAGAAGUGAACAUAAUGACACCCGGAGUUGUAUGUUUCAACUGUGAGAAAUUUUACCAUGGGCUUUGCCAGAAACCGCAGCUCAGCUUGCACUCAAUAGAAAACCACGUCACGACUUUAAAACAGUGGUAUUGUGGCAAUUGCCGGCGUAACGACAUGAAGAUCGACAAGAGGGCGCCGAAGGAAAGGGAGGCGAUACGUCAAAAGCUGCAGCUGCUGUCGCAACUGAGAUUGAUGUUCUUAUUAAUCGAAAGGACCAUUUUGGAAUUGUCCGACAGAUGUAAAGCUAUGGAAAAAAACGCCGAAAGGUUGAAGAUCCAGAACGACAAACUUCGAGAACGGAUUAAGCUGCACGAGCAGUUCGGUCGUAAGCCGAGGAAUUUCGCAGAAUGGGUAGCACUGAGAAGGAAGCUCAAAAUCAAAAGUCACCGUGUCAAGCCUUUGAAGCCGAUGAAAUUCGAUAAUAGAAGCGUAUUAAAACAGAAGUCACAACUGAAGCAUCUCAUUAGACAUCACAAGGUGCCAAAAAACAAAAGGAGGUCGAUUAUUAAAAUAAAACCGGUGAAACCGAUUAAUUAUAGCUCUGUCGUGACAUGGGUGCAAGGACAAAGUACGAAUUUACAACUUGGCUGGGCUCUCCAUUUAGUGAUAUGGGUCACUAUAGUAGUUUAUACGUUAUUGGGCGCUUUGUUUUUUCGUAUCAUCGAAGGGAGAAAUGAACAGAAUAUGAUUGAUGCAAUACUGAAAAGAAGAGGUCAGUUAAUUAAUGGGAAUUUCUCAGAUGCAAAUUCAGAAAUAAGUAGCUACUACGAUUUUCUUGAAAAAAAAUUUUCAUCCGAUAUGAAUUUACUAAGCCGAAAUGAUGAAAUAAAUUGGAACUUUGUUCAGUCGAUUUUUUUCUGUACUUCGACGUAUACUACUCUCGGAAAUCAUUACGCUCCGAAAACGUCUAUCGGAAAAUUUGCCGUAAUCGUGUAUUCUCUGUUUGGAAUUCCUUUGUUUUUCAUUUUUCUUUCAAUCGUGGGCGUAAAGUUGGCGCAUAUUUUGAAAAUAUUGUUGCCUAUGUGCUGCCGGAAAAGAAAGAAAAAGAAAGUGGUCAAUCAGGACGAUGGAAAUACGGAUCAAAAGGAUAGUAAGGUUAAUAAGGAUAAUAAAGAUCAUAAGGAUAAGGAUUUUAAAGAGAAGAAAGAAAAUAAGGACAUUAAGGAUACUAAGGACCCUAAAGAGAAUAAGGAUAAUCAAGACCCUAAGGAUAACAAGAAUGAAAAUAAUAAAACGGAUAAAAAGGAAAAAACCCAUAAGCACUCGGAGGAGUCAGAAACUACGGGGGGGAUGCUGUUGCUGUAUGUCUUCAUUGAAUUCAUUUAUAUUUUGUUAGGGGCCAUUUAUUUCUGGCAACGUGAAAAACAAUGGAAACUUUUUGACGCUUGGUAUUUCGUCCAUGGGAUGCUUCUGACAAUAAGCUUUGGCGAUUUUAUCCCAAAUGAAGAGAUAAAUUUGAUAGUAACAGUCUUUUACAUUUUUGUCGGCCUAGCGCUCAUGGCCAUGGGAAUCAGUUUGACGGUCGUAGGUGUUUUAACACUUAAGAUUGGAUUCAAAAUCUUUUUUUCCACGGAAACGCAAAACUUGGUCAUGCGGCUAAGUACAUUACAGGAAGUAAAAAACGUCAGAGAGUAAAAUCAAACGCUUAACUCUGGUGAAAUCUAACCUUUUAUAAGAUAACUGUAAUUAAUACUUUAUAUAUUUUAAACUAACAUAAAAUGUGCUUUUAUUGUUAAAACGGUAUUUUUUCCUCAAUUUACUGUUACAUAAUUGAUAGUGUGGGGUGUUUAGUGA